AUGCAAGCUGGUUUUUCUCAGUCUAAGACUGAUUAUUCAUUAUUUUUUAAUCAUAAUGGCAAUUCUUCUACUUUUGUCUUGGUCUAUGUAGACGACAUCAUCAUUACAGGAAACGAUGAUUUGGCUAUCAACCAGCUCAAGCACUUUCUCGAGAAGAAAUUCUUGAUCAAAGAUUUAGGCAAGCUUAAAUAUUUUCUUGGCAUAGAGGUUGCCCGUUCGAAAAAGGGCAUAUUUCUUUCUCAAAAGAAAUACAUCUUAGACAUUCUCAAGGAUACUGGUUUGAUUGGAGGACGUGUCUCUGAUUUUCCUAUGGAGCAACACUUGUAUUUAUCACCAGAUGAUGGUACUUUACUUCCUGACCCCACUCCUUAUCGUCGAUUGGUGGGACGUCUUAUAUACCUUACUGUCACAAGACCUGAUAUUAAUUAUUCAGUCAAUAUUCUUAGUCAGUUUAUGCAUUCUCCUCGAACGGCUCAUAUGGAUGCUGCGCACCGUGUGGUUCGAUAUUUGAAGGGUUCUAUUGGUAAGGGAAUUUUUUUAUCAUCAUCGAGUACUAUUCAUUUGCAAGGUUAUUGUGAUUCAGAUUGGGCAGGGUGUCCUAUUACUCGACGAUCUACUACGGGCUUUUGCAUUUUUAUUGGUUCCAAUCUUAUUUCUUGGAAAACUAAGAAACAAUCUACAGUUUCUCGGUCUUCUGCUGAAGCUGAAUAUCGAGCCAUGGCCACUUUAACAUGUGAACUUCAAUGGUUAAAAUAUUUGUUGAAUGAUAUGGGUAUUUCUCAUUCUUCUCCAAUCACAAUGUUUUGUGACAACCAAGCUGCCUUGCACAUCGCCAACAAUCCAGUUUUUCACGAACGCACCAAGCAUAUAGAAAUAGAUUGUCAUUUCGUUCGGGAAAAGCUACAGUCCAAACUUAUUGCUCCAAGAUACAUACCUGCAUCUCAUCAACUUGCAGAUGUAUUCACAAAGCCAUUGGGUAAAGAUGCAUUUCAUGGUUUAAUUUGCAAGUUGGGUGUUAUUUCCAUACACGAUCCAACUUGA